AUGGCGCAAAUAUCAUCAUCACCACCAACGACAACACCUCCCCCGCCGACCCCAACCUUCCUCCGCCUCUCCUACCCCGCCCCCCGAGUCCUCCUCGUGCGCAUGGACCGCCCCAAGGACCUCAACGCCAUGUCAACGACAGCGCAGUGGGAGAUGGACAGCGUGUGGAAGUGGUUCGACGCGGAGCCCCGGCUCAGCGUGGCGGUGAUUACGGGGACGGGGCGGGCGUUCAGCGCCGGGGCGGACCUGAAGGAGUGGAACAACAGCAUGUCGGGGGACUCCGACCCCAAGGCGCGCAUGGGCAACGCCCCGGCAUUCAAGCCGCUCAGCCGGCGCCUCGGCAAGAAGCCCGUCAUCGCCGCCGUCAACGGCCUCGCCAUGGGCGGCGGCUGCGAGUUCGUCGUCAACUGCGACCUCGUCGUCGCCGCCGAGGACGCCUACUUCGGCCUGCCCGAGGUGAAGAGGGGCAUCGCCGCCAUCGGGGGCGCCCUGCCGCGCCUCAUGCGCACCGUCGGCCUGCAGAGGGCCAGCGAGCUCGCGCUGACGGGGAGGAACGCGUCGGCGCAGGAGAUGUUCGAGUGGGGGGUCGUCAACAAGGUGGUGCCGCGGGAGAGGGUCGUCGAGGAGGCGGUGCGGUACGCCGACAUGAUCGCGAGGAACAGCCCCGAUGCCAUCAUCUGCACCAGGGCCGGGCUGCGGCAGGGCUGGGAGUCGGCGAGCGUCGAGCGCGCGGUCGAGUGGACGCUCGAGAAGGAGUUUGCGGAGCUGCAGAAGGGCGAGAACAUCAUCGAGGGCCUGAAGGCGUUUGCGGAGAAGAGGGAGCCGCAGUGGAAGGCGAGUAGGCUAUAA